AUGAGGAAUGCAUCUUCCCCUUGGUCUGUGACUAAAUGGAUUUGCCUCCCUUGGAUGAGCCUGAUCUUUCUGGAGGGCUGCAGCCCAAAAGUUCUGGAGAAGACAUUUGAACAAUGGAUGAGGUAUAAAGAUGAGUGCUUGAAGAAGAUAGCAAGUGAUCCUUACCCUUCAGGGCUAUUUUGCAAUCGGACGUUUGACAUGUAUGCAUGCUGGCCAGAUGGGAGCCCCGGGACCAUUGUCAAUGUCUCCUGCCCUUUUUAUUUGCCCUGGUAUGAGAAAGUUAAACAUGGUACGGUGAGCCGCAAGUGUGGGCCUGAUGGCCACUGGGUGAUGCUGAAUGGGACAGAGCUCUGGAGGGACCAUUCCCAGUGCAAGGAAGAGAUGGAAGGCAAAACUGGAGAGGAAUCAUCCUACCGCCUGAUGGUCAGCUUCAAGGUCCUCUACACUGUGGGCUACUCCCUCUCUCUGCUGGCCCUGGUCUUGGCUCUGCUCAUCCUGACGGUCUUCAGGAAGCUUCGCUGCACCCGGAACUACAUCCAUGCAAACCUCUUCGCCUCCUUCGGGCUACGGGCCAUCUCUGUGAUCGUGAAGGAUGCAUUGCUGGAGCAGAUGUGGAGAAGGGAGACCUUCCAGGUGUCCGACUGGGAGGCCUUGCUGAGCCACGAGGCUGCAAUUGGUUGUCGAGUGGCUCAAGUCGUGAUGCAGUACUGUAUUCUGGCCAAUCACUAUUGGUUUCUUGCGGAGGCGGUCUACCUGUACAAGCUUCUGAUUGGAGCUGUGUUUUCAGAGAAGAAUUACUACACCCUGUACCUGUACUUGGGCUGGGGAACCCCCGUGGCUUUUGUGGUGCCGUGGAUGGCUGCCAAGUACCUGAAGGAGAAUGCAGAGUGCUGGGCAUUGAACGAGAACAUGAGUUACUGGUGGAUUAUUCGCAUCCCUAUUUUGCUAGCAUCUGUGAUCAACCUGCUGAUCUUCAUGCAGAUCCUCAAAGUGAUCCUGGCCAAGCUGCGAGCCAAUCAGAAGGGCUAUGCAGACUACAAACUGCGGUUGGCCAAAGCCACCCUCACCCUUGUCCCUCUCUUUGGGAUCCAUGAAGUGGUCUUCAUUUUUGUCACAGACGAGCAAACUACAGGAGUGCUGCGCUACAUCAAAGUCUUCUUCACUCUCUUCCUCAACUCCUUUCAGGGAUUCCUGGUUGCUGUCUUGUAUUGCUUUGCAAAUAAGGAGGUGAAAUCCGAAAUGAAGAAGAAGUGGCAGCUUUGGAAACUGGACCACCCUGCCCUCUGCUGCACCCAGUAAGAGAGGAAAUCGGGGACACCAAGACGGCACAGGCAAAAGCUGCCUAAGA